AGUGCAGUUGUGCUUGUCAGCCAUAUUCACCUUAUACAGGAAACUGGUGGACGUUGACGAUUAUAAAUUAAACAAAAAUCUGAACUAUAGGUUAUAGUAUUUAAUUUACAGUUCGUUGAUAUGUUCCAACAGUAAUGCAUAGUGAAUUUUUUAUUUAAGCAUUUCUUUAAAAAACGUACUACUCGAGUGUUAUCUACGAAGAUGCUUUCCUUUUUUUGUGGGAAGGGUGUUAUAAAUAAUUUCUGGUGCUACGAGUAAAAUAAUACAAGAAUAUGUUGUGAUUCUAACUGCCGUUACCGUUUAGCAAUGGAAGUAAAAACGGGAGUUAUUUUUAUUUUGUGUCUUAUUUCCUUCAGUACUGCUUACGAUAAAGCGUCAUUUUAUGGGGCCAGUUACAUUUCGUAUCCACUUCAAGAAGCCAAAGGGGUAACAGACAUUAACUUUAGGUUUAGAACACAUUUAUCAGAUGCGUUAUUGCUUCUUGCUGCUGGUAAAACAGAUUACUGUAUGAUCCGUUUGGAAAGUGGCAGGUUAAAGUUACACAUUAACUUGGGGGCUGGUGAAAGUGAACUGUCAUCUCUCAAAGGACUGCAUCUAAAUGACUCACAGUGGCAUCAUGUUAAUAUCAUAAGAAGAGAAGCAAAUCUAACACUUAAGGUCGACGACAGUACAGUGAAGAAGAAAUUGCCAGGACGAUUCUUCGAACUUAAUAUUCAUUUCGGCGUGUUUCUUGGUGGUCAAGGCGAUUUUUCAGAGUUGUUCCUUGGUCAUAUGGAGAACUUUCGUGGGUGCAUGGAAGACGUAUUUUAUAAUGGCGUUAAAAUAAUAGAAAAGGCCCGAAGUCGCAGUGCAUCUGUACACGUUGAAGGAGUUACUUGGAAUUGUGCUCCGGAAUUUGAUGCAGAUUUGAAUUCCGAUAUAAGUUUUGUUGAUGAGGGAGCAUAUAUGGUUUUACCUAAAAUUAACUCUAGAGCGGGCAGCAGGUGGCAAAUUGAAUUCAAAACGAUAACACUCAAUGCUGUUAUUCUAUACAACCCCGGUGGUGGACGAGGUUCAGAUUUCUUGGCUGUAGAAAUAUUAGAAGGGGUUGUUCGAGUUAAAAUGGCUCGAGGUCAAAUAGCCCACACGGUCAGGGUCAACGAUGGACAGUGGCACAAACUACAUCUCUUGUUCAACCCCUCAAUGAUAGAGUUAUCAGUGGACAAUAUAGCAAUGAGUACUCGAAUUGAAAGUGGUGGAACUAGAUACUUAGAUUUAUCAGACACCUUUUACUUGGGAGGUAUCGAGACGGAUAAGCGACAAAGAGCGUUCUCUAAGGGAGUAAAAGCGGCUGAUUCAAGUAUAAUGGGUUGCAUCAAGCCAAUUGAAGUUGAAGACAAAAUAUUUGGCCUCCCAAACGCAGUGGUAACUUGUGGGGUGACGCCAAAAUGUGUUUGGUGGUAUCCCUGUCACUCCAGUCCCAGUCCGCCUUGCGUGCCUAAAGCUAUAUGUGGACAACAUGGUGUUGAUCAUUUUACGUGCAAGUGUGAUAAUGAAUUGUGUAUCAACCCGGAUUAUGCUGAAAAAUAUAAGGUGUUCUCGAAAUCGAGCAGUGAACUGGAACUCGUCGCUUUAUACCCUUUAUCCGUCCAAGAAGGGGGAGUUGCAGUAAUAACGACACAGAAUAUAGACGUUAUUCUUGAUCAUCAUAAAUAUGGAGUUCGUCCUUCUGGAGUAUUGUUACACGUCGCACAAAAACCUCAACAUGGAAGAAUAGCGGUCGACUUAACAUCGCAAAGAAUAUCGCAAUAUACAAACUAUAUUGAAGGCGACAAGUCUAAACAGUUCUUUUCAUUGUUGGAUUUGUCGAGAGAUAAGGUUAGAUACGUGCACGAUGGAUCAGAAAAUCACCAAGAUGCGAUAGUUUUAGAGAUGGAACUUAUCCCCGAAACUAAAUUUACGUUGCCCAGUUAUCUUCAAGGACGGAAUACCUUUGUUCUUCACGUUAAUAUAACUCCUGUCAAUGAUCCACCAGUACUCAAUUUGCUUCCCGGAAAGGUUUUAAGACUAACACAGGGCACGAGAAAAGUAAUAACUUCGGAAAUAUUAAAAGCUGAAGAUCCCGACACGCAACCUGUAGACUUAUUAUAUACUAUUAUUCACGGAAAAAGCGAAUCGAGCAGUGGUCACAUAGAAAUGUCUGGACAGCCGGUGGAUUCCUUUACACAGCAAGAUAUAGAUUCCGGCAUCAUUUCCUUUGUCCAUGGGACUACGAGUGAUAAACAACUCAAUAAAACAUCUCUUCGACUGACCUUACAGGUAUCCGAUGGAAUCGAAACAAGUGGCCCAGGCGUUCUUCGAAUAUCAAUUGUGCCUUUACAAGUAAGGCUUAUUAACAACACGGGUCUGCAAUUAGUUCAUAAUUCGUAUGCAAUAAUAAGUGCUGACAACCUCACAUUUACCACAAACGCUGACGAAACGAAUGUUCAAGUCAAAUACGACAUAGUGAAGCCGCCUCAAUUUGGCGUUGUCGAACGUCUAAGAGUUUUGGACGGGACGUGGCAGACUGUCGAUUCAUUUACGAGUGAAAUGGUCAUGUUUGGACGAGUGAGAUAUAUGCAUCUCUUGGGAAGCCCUACUCAUGAUGAAUUUAAGUUUAAAGCCUCCGUUGGAUCUAUACGAACGAACACAUUAUACGACUUUCGAUUGACGUUCAUUAAACUCGAACUAUAUCAAACGAUAAACGAGGAAUUACUUCUCAAUAACACCCGGGAAGCAUUUAUAUCAUCACAGCAUUUGAGAUUCCGUACAAGACCGCUAUCAUUGUCCGGAGACAGAAUCACGUUCACAUUAUUAAAACCACCAAAAUAUGGAAUCCUUCAUUUGUCUUCUGGCACACAUCACCUACAAAUAUAUAGUACUUUUACUCAACAAAACAUCAACACUGAUCAGUUAUGGUAUAGGCUUCACAGGCGAGCAUAUUCUCAUAUACAGGAUGAAUUCACUUUUAUGGUAGGAGCGGCUGAGUGUGAAAAUAUCACAGGUGUUAUGACGAUACGGCACAUUCCAGGCCCAUCGCCUUCUGAUCGCACUGGAAGAUUCCAUACGACUCUUGAAAGAUUACAAGUCAUGGAAGGGUCUAGAAUGGCGAUACCCGCCACACAUCUCAAUUUCCGAACUGAUUCCAUUACAAAUCUCGUGUUUAACAUAACUCAUCUUCCGAAACACGGUAAAAUGGAAGUUAUCAGUGAAAACUUGAAGAUACUUAGGGAUAACACAACGUAUUUUACGUUAGUGGAACUAAAUGCGGAUAGAGUUUACUAUGCGCACGACGAUUCCGAGAGUCGACACGAUUCGUUCCACUUCAUGGCUUUAAGCCCUGAGCCGGAAGACUUUCAAUAUGUUGGUGUGUUUCAUAUUGAUAUCAUUCUGAAGAACGAUAACAGUCCAGUGAGAAUGAAUGAAAAUGUAUUCCAUAUCGUUCACGGGGGAGCACGUUUAAUUACGUCGCGCGACUUGAGUUACGCUGACUUAGAUCUCGAUACUAAGCUAUCAGAUAUAACCUAUACGGUGCAAAGGUUUACUAAAGACCCGCCGAAUGGUGGUGUGUUCAGAGCAGACAACCCCUCUGAACAAAUAGCACAGUUCACGCAAGACGACAUAAAUAAAAAUCUCAUAUUAUUCAAGCAUCAGGGGAAAGAGAAUGGGAAACUGUCGUUUUGGGUGUCCGAUGGUUUGUUCGAUGUCAAUGGUAAUUUAGAAGUGCAAGCGUCACCGCCAUUUAUAAGAAUGUUCCCUUCGAAUGGGUCGAUUGUUGAAAAUGGCAAGGCAGUUGUUAUUUCUACUAGAGAUAUGCAAGUGGACACAAAUAUGAAUUGCUUGGAAGAGGACAUUCGUUAUGAAAUAGUUCAACAGCCGAAACAUGGGUCUAUAGAAGUAGGCGAAGGACAGGGAGCUAUAACAUUUACACAACUGGAUGUGGCAGCUGGAAGAGUAUCCUACAGGCACAGAGAACCCAAAAUGCCCACAGAUGCGUUUAGAUUUAAGGUUAUGUGCCUGGAAGCAUGGGGAGAAGGUAUUUACGCGAUAAAAAUAUAUCCUUCAAGUUAUUGGGAACCAUUAAAAGUAUUGAUGAACCGACCGUUAGUGGUUGAAGAAUCGACAAGCGUGAAUAUAACAAGAGACAUUUUGGAGGUAAUGCACCCUCAAAUUGAACCAUCAAACAUAGUGUACAAAGUCACAGAAGGACCGUACUACGGCUGGCUUGAGGUUACAAACACACCAAACAGUCUCGAACUCGAAAACUAUGAAGAGCCCAUACACUCAACUAUGUUCGACCAGUCUAUUAUAAACGCGAAUCGACUGGUCUAUGUACAGUCCGGCGUAAACCGAACACGGGACAAAAUCAAAAUGGACGUCACCAACGGAAUCGUUUGGCUGAAGUCAUUGGAACUGAUGGUCGUAAUAAUUCCAGAACAUUUCUAUGUAUUAGCGACUAACAUAAGUGUCGUGGAAGGGGCUGUUGUUAGUAUUAAACAGGAUAUGUUUAAGACGGUCACUGAGUAUUAUAAAGGGAAGGUUGUGUCGUAUAAAGUGGUGGAGAAACCUAAAUUCGGAAAGAUCAUUUUGGGCGAUCAAGAGCUGACUUUACUUCCGGUUUUGAAACUUAAUACUGGGAAUAUACAGUAUGUGAACGAUGGCUCAGAAGAAUCCUUGGAUUCAAUGAAAUUGGUGGCAAUCACUGAGAUCGGAAAGGAAAGUGAAGUUUUCCGUGUUAUGAUCAACAUAGUUCCUGUCAACGAUGAAUCUCCUAUAGUAGCUGCCAACACUGGUCUUUGUGUGUGGGAAGGCGGCACUUUCACCUUCACAAGAAAUGAGUUAUAUGUAAACGAUGUCGAUACGCCAUUAGAGAACGUAACGAUUCGUGUUGUCGACAUUGUAUCGGGUUAUAUUGCGAUACGGGGCUACCUCGAAACUCCCGUUUAUCACUUCACACAGGGCGAUAUAGACAGUCGUAAAGUCAUUUUUGUUCAUACUAAUGGAACGAAAGGAAAAAUGAUAUUUAACGUAACCGAUGGCCUCCAUGAGCUAUCAAAAAUCACUUUUCUUAUAACAACCAAGUCGGUGUCUCUCAAAUUGGCUAGGAAACACACGCUACGAGUGUUUCCAUUGAUGAGAGAACCACUCAAUAACUAUCAUUUAAUGGCGAAGUGUUCUGACGCAUCGAGGAAUAUCAUAUACAAAAUAGAGAGAGCACCAACUCUAGGCAGACUCAUAAUGCUGAAUGGUGAUAAUCACCACAGAUCUAUCAAACAAUUUACACAACAAGAUAUUAAUAAUACAUUAGUAUAUUAUGAGCAUACGCAUCCGUUCUCUACUUUAUUUACGAAUGAUUCCUUCAUUUUCUCCGUUGAAGCGGCACUUGCCAAACCCGUGAACGAUCAAGUUUUUAACAUAGAUAUAUCUGUGUCUUCUGGCGGCCUUGCAAAAUACGUUUACAUACCGCAAAUAAAAGUGCAGGAAGGGGGAAAUGUUGCCAUCGUUGUUAAUGUGACAAAUGUUAUUAUGUACCUAGAGAAUCAAGCCGGGUUGAGGCAACCCCAAAUUGAAGCGCAGUGGUCGCAACCUACUCAUGGUAUAUUGGAACCGUCACUAUCUUCACUCACACAAACUCAAUUGGAAUCUGGUGUGGUCACAUACAAACAUGACGAUUCUGACACAUUAAAAGACAAAAUAGAUAUGACUUUGUACUUAUUGCCUGACUAUGUACUUCUUUGUAAUGUGACUAUACCAAUACAUGUGCUACCGCUUAAUGACCAACCGUUUAGAUUAUUAACCGAUUCACCGCAAAUACAAGUAGUUCAUGGAGAAAAUUAUACCAUUACCAAGAGCGAUUUGCUUACUGAAGAUGCUGAUACUAGUCCGUCAGGAAUAUUAUAUGACAUUAUAAGUGGACCAACACAAGGGAGAAUAGUUAUGCUCGAUAAAAAUCAAAGUAUAGAUGAAGCACAGUCUAUUAACAAAUUUACCCAGGAAGAUAUUAAUAGUGGUAAAAUCAUAUAUGAACAUUCCGGGAUGUUACAAACAGCAACGUUCUAUUUCAGAGUAUGGGAUGGGGAAUUCAAACCGACGUAUACCGUGUUUACAAUUGACGUCAUUCCUGUGAUUUUAAAUGCGACGUCAUCUCAUCCGAUAUAUUUACAACAAGGUUCCAAUGUUGCGACUGUAUCCACAGAUCAAAUUUACAUAGAAACGAACGCGAUGAAAUCUAAGGUUUGGUACAAUAUCACCAGGCAGCCUGUACACGGAAUGAUUUAUGUCGGCCGGAAUCCAGUGACCUACUUCUCGCAAAAAGAUCUAAUCGAUAAAGUCGUCAUUUACAUGCAAAAUGAUAUGACAGUCGCCAAUGAUAGUUUUGAACUAAUCUCUUACGUUCAUAAUAGCAAUUCGACUCCACCUUUUACUAUACACGUUACAGUGCAGCCAUUAAUGAUAUUAAGUGACCUGAAAGUUGAGAAAGAAAAGACAAAACUGACAGUAAAGAAUCUAGAUGCGUCAGAACUUGCGAAGCUCACCGCGAGUGACCCAGUGUAUACGUUGAUUAAGAAGCCAAAAUAUGGGGUUAUUAAGAAAAUUAUACGAAGUUCAGGAGAAAAAACUAGUGCAAGGGAAAGAGAGGUUGCAUAUUUUACCCAUGAAGAUGUGAAGGCUGGUGUUAUUUAUUAUGUAACGAAGAAGAAAGCUUAUGAGCUAAAUGGACACGAAGAUAGGUUUAAUUUCCUACUUGCAGCGACUAUAUUCCAACCAGCUGCGGGGGAAUUAAGAAUGUUGAUUGGCAAUGGUCUGAAGAAGAAUUUACCGGGCCCUAAUGACCCAGAAAGCCAUGAGGGAGUACCGGUGGCUAACGGAAAUUCCGGCUCAUACUACUUAAUGAUAUUAAUGGCACUCCUUGGGGUACUCCUUGCAAUAAUAGUCAUAUUUGGUAUAUUGAAAUGUCGAAGAUACCUGAUGCGUGAUCAGAAUGCCUUAGUGAAAAUUCAUGGACAAAGUCAAGGAGCAGUAGCUCCUAUACCUUUACCCCGACCUCCAGAUCAUUUGAUGCCAUCGCCGACCCAAGCGACACCACCAAUUAAAAGAUACGUAUCGUCCGAUCAAUCGGUUCACACGGGUGCCAGUACGCCGCUGCCUUCGGGUGGUAGUGUGGCAUGCAAGGUGACACCAUUAGCGGAUGCGGCCAUACCCGACCUCAACGCUAGGUACCCGUAUGGUACCGACGAUCACACAGACGCGGAGGAUUGGAGUAGCUACGAAGCAAGUGAGUCUGCCUAUCCAAUUAGAACUCCGGGAGGUGCGCCUUCAAACCCGAUGUUAAGACGCAACCAAUACUGGGUCUGACCCCGGGAUACACACUCCUUGCCGAGACUGCCAAAGCCAGUGACGAUACAGUUUGAAGACGAAGCGUGCGUCACAUUAAAUCGUAACUUGCAGUCUCGGCGUGGCGUAGACUUAGUUCCUACACCUUUUCUACUUAGCAAUUACAAGGUAUCGAAAUACCCAAGCUGUGAAAUCACUCUCUAAACACGCCUCUAAUGCAUUCGUUUACUUGUCUUUGAAACUGUCAAUGUGUCAAAAAUUGUGCCAAAGACAACAGUAUUUUGUUAUAUAGGAAAAUUGUUUGUGGUAUGGGUGUUGUGUAGUUUAUGAUGAAAUUUAGCUGCCUUUAAGCAUGAUUAUGUAUUCAUUCUAUUGAUUUAUAGGGACAGUCCAUUUAGCUUCAAUUGUAUACAAUUAAUGUGAAUUAAUAGUGUCAAAUAGAAAAGAAAAUUCGGGUACAUUAUCGCCAUGUUAUGUUUUUCUUCACUGUACACUAAGAUAUCUUUAUAUUCGCUAUAAGUAUUUAGAACAUACUAAAACUUAAUAAAUGUAAGAUUGGGUCAUUGUUGCUUAAUCACAGCUGAAUGUAAGGUUUAUAUGACGUAUUUUUAGUAAAUAUUUUAAUCGAAAAAAAUACGCGUGAGGACACAGUGUUAAAAUAAAUUUUACAAAAAAUGUGCUUGGACUGUUCCCAGUAAAUUCGUUGAUUGUGUUCACCACUGUCUUUAAGAUAGGCAAUAAAUUUACACUUAAAAUUUUGAAUAUUUACCGAUUUGUUUAAAAAAAUCAAAUUUACUUUGCAUAUAUUUGAUUCGAAUAAUGUUUUGGUUUAGAAUUUUGUGUUAUGUGUAUAUUUUAUAAAUAUUUUUUUUUAAACUUCUGAUUUCCACAAUCAACUUUCUACUGACUUGUCAACAAUGUUGACAAUGUGAGUCAGUUCACGCCAUUGUUUAUUUUGAUAUACCUUGUCCUGUUGCAAUUGCCUUUUAAGAAAUUAAUGAUUUUAUUAAUUGUCAUAUAUUCCUGUGAAUCUACUAUGAUAAUAGUAUUAACGCGCAAAACUAAGUAUUAUAUAAUAUUAGAUAUAUAUAUAUAUAUACAAGUUACUAUAUACCAAACAGACUACAAACCGAAGUGGACACCAAUUUUACCAAAGUUAUACAUAAGUUGUUAUUAUAGACAACACGAAAUAUUUAUACUUACUAAGAUUGUGUAUUCGAUUGUAAUUCUAGUUUAAAAUAAAUUGGCUUAAAUAUCAUAUUUAUAUUUAUCAAUGUUUUAUGUUCCGAAUUAAUCAAGGAGUGUUCAAAUUUUAAAUAUUUUACUGUUUUAAUGCAUAAUAUAAAUUAUAGUUGAAUUAGUUAAAUCAUUCCCAUUUUGCCUACAAUAGAAUGUCUAGUUACUAACAAACUAGUUAUGCUUCAUUUAACCUAUAUUAAUUUUAGGAUAUUUUAUAUAAAAAAUAGCGCUAUGGAGGAAUAAAAAUCAAUUUCCUUGCGUGAAAUGGUUUUUAUUUUUAUUUUUAAGUACAAAGUAAUAAAAGUUAUUAAGUUUAUUAUAAGUUAUGCAUGCUUAUGUAUUUUUAUUAAACUGUUAGAAUAGUACACGAGUGUUCAGAAAUAUCCAACGUGCCAAUAAUUCUCUAUAAUAAACAUUGUUUUUAUUCAAGCCUUGAUUCGAUGGAUACGCACAACCAUGUCAAGUGUCAAUCACGAGUUCUUCCGUCAUCCAUUACGAGAUGGGGGUUUACAUUUCAUAUAUUAUAAAUGCUUUAAAACUAUUGUUUCUUUAUCAAUUUGCCCGAACGAUGCCAUAGUUGAAACAGCGAAAACUGAUUCCGAGUUAGACUACAGUUAAAAGAACAAUUUAACAAGGGAUUUAAUCGCGAGUCAUUGUCAAUUAAAUCACGAUCCGUCCUUGUUUAAUUGUCGAUUAACUCAUGGUAUUAUUAUUGCAUUUACGGGCAAUGUUCACUUACGGAAACUUUGACAAUACCAAGUAAAUGUCGGUGAGCAAUAACGUAAGACUCAUUGAGUUGAAACUUUUUAAUUAUACCUUGUUUGAUAUGCUUAAGGUGCUAUUUUAAAUGUCAGCGUCAGUUUGCAUUCAUGUAAAUUGAUGUCCCAAUUUAAUGGUAAAGGGUUUAUAUGUAAACAGUUUUAUGGUUUCCGUUAUAUAUAAAAAUCGUUUAUUCAAUGAAUCUUUUACUAGACUUAAUGCGCUUGGUACAGUCGAGUGGACGAUACUCAUUUUAAAGUUUACAGGUUGUUUAGAACUAAUUCUUUAGGCGUUAGAACCCAUGCUUGACUCACCGUUGCCAUAUAAUUUUA